GUCAGCUGGACGUGCUGCCCUUUUCGAGAGAGCGGCGCGGCCGGGGCGCUCCUUCGCCUAUAGAGCCCCGGCUCCUUCCCUUCCCCCACCCUAGGCCGCUCUGUCCUUGGCCCUCCCUGCGGGUGUCUAUGGUCCAAUUAAAGGGGCCGCUCGGCUUGCAGGGCUGCGGGAUCCCGAGAUGCUGCUGACGGUGAAGGCGCUUCAGGGCCGGGAGUGCAGCCUGCAGGUGUCCCCAGAUGAGCGCAUCUCCUCUCUCAAGCGCCUGGUCUCCGAGAAACUGAAUGUUCCCAUUUCCCAGCAGCGCCUGCUUUUCAAAGGCAAAGCUCUGGCAGACGAGCACCGUCUCUCCGAUUACUCGAUUGGGCCGGAGUCCAAGCUCAACCUGGUGAUCAAGCCGCCGGAGAAGGCGUCCCCCGAGGAAGCAGUCCGCAGAGGGGGGCCCCCCCAGACGCCGGCUAUUUGGCACACGCUGGCUCAAGUCUUGGGCAGGCAUUACAGUACGGCCGACACGGAGAAAGUGCUGGAGCAGCUGCAGAAGGAUUACGAGCGGAGCCUGCGACUGCUGAGCUUGGAUGACAUCGAGCGUUUGGCCACCCGGCUGCUUCACCCCGAGGUGGCGGAGGCCGUAGAAAUGGGCUUUCUGGAUUAGCUUAACGGACUCAGAGAUUGAGCCCCCGUCAGCCCCUUUGGACACGGAGUCCCCCGGGCAGGGCCCAGGCGGAGGGCUGAAUGGGAGCGAUCCCUCUGGACUUGCUAUUAAAGGGGAGGGGGGGCCUAGGGCAUUUGUAACCCCUCCCCAUCCAUUAAAGGUGGCGAUGGGUGAGUCUGGGCGGCCCAGUCUAUUGUGUUCAACUGAAAUGGGGUCACAGUGAAGCACAGGGUUGGGGUGGGGGAAUUGCUCGCCCAGUGCCGAGAGACGCAGCCGCCUCAGAGUCUGGGGCUUGUGUUUCUGUGUGGAUUUCCCCCCCUUUCUUCACCAAAGUCCAGUCGCCCUUCCUCGGUUGGUAUUUAUUGUUUAAGCCGAAGGCCGUUUCCGUGACAGCGUUCCUCAGAAUUGUCAGGCACGAAAAAUGAAAUUGCACGAGGAAUUUUUCAUACACCUUUUGGAAAACCUCGGGAACCACUCUCUCCGCUGCCGCGAUGUAAACUUGAAGAACGGAAUAAAGCGACUCCAGAUCCCCAAAGCAAUCGGUAGCUUUAGAGGAGACAAGCGUUGAAUGUUUCAAGCUGCGUUAAGUCGUAUUUUUUCCCCCUUACAGUUUACAGAUAACAUUUCCCAAACGUGAAGUCGUCUUAACCAGAAACAUCACCCAGCGCAGGGGUCCCCAACUUUUUUGAGUCUGUGGGUACGUUUGGAAUUCGGACGCGGCAUGGUGGCUGUAGCAGUAAAAUGGCUGCCGCAAAACGGCUGCUGCUAGAGGCGGGGCCAGCCGCAAAACAAUUGUCACAGCUUACCUUCAGUCACACAGGGCAGAUCCUCAUGUUGUGUUGGCGGCUGCUGCCAAAGCAGCAUUUUUAAAAAAUCUAUACAGCCAAUCAAAGCUCCAG